CCAAAUAAUUUAUCCCUUACUUUCUCCCUAUUCCCACUCCCCUUCCUUUUAAAUGUCUUUUGAAUUCAACCUCGGCACAACUCCCGUGCAAGAAACAGUUAUCCGAGUCUCCGCCUACCUCAACACAGUAACCCAAUGCUCCGACGCCCUGGAGCAGCAAACCCUGGAGCCCGGCCAACAUGAGCGGAAAACCUCCCUGACUCUCUUCCAUGCGCGAUCCGUGCCGACCAUUGAUUUGGAGAUUUAUAUUGCGCGUGUGGUAAAGUAUUGUCCGUGUUCAAACGAGGUUUUCUUGGGAUUGAUCGUUUAUUUGCAGCAGAUGAUUGACCAGUGUUCGAGGAGGAGGAUGCCGUUUACUGUGGAUGCUUAUUCGAUCCAUCGCUUGAUUAUUACUGGUGUGACCGUUGGUUCAAAGUGGUUUUCGGACGUGUUUUAUACACUAGACCAAUGUCUUAUCCAGGUCCCAAUGGUAUUUAUUAUUCUCAGGUUGACGAGAAAUCUGCUGAUUAUAGGAAUCAGAUGAGGAGGAAAGAGGAGAUGAAAAGUGGUGCGG